CAAGUAUGCUAACCAUGACCAUUGGCGAUGCUGACUGAAACUAAACACUGGGAUGUUGUGUCAUAAACAAUGCAGGAUUGUGCAUUAGAGCAUGUCAAGUGAGGAAGCGAUGGAGGUGGCUGAGGAGGCCACUGAGAGUGUACUGACAGACAGGAUGAACAAUUUGGCAAUGCAGACCGAUCGUCUGCCGUUUCCGUGUAACCUUCAGGCAUGGUCUGACAUCCGACAUCUCCUCGUGGGUCUGAGGAGCAUGUGUGUCAGUGACGAUUACAACUUGGACGACAUCGUCUACAGUGUUCAGGACAUCCACACUGCGGUGCAGGCUGGCUACCAGACCAACGACUUCGAUGUCAUCACCUCAGAUAAAGUUGUGAGAUCCAAAGACAGACAUUCCGAGAUUGACUUCAGUUUCGUGUGGUAUGGCCUGUUUGAGUUCUUACAAUGCAACUGCCCAGUGGAAGAAAGCAAGUGCUUUGUGCAGUCGACCCUGCCGAAGAUCAUUGAUCUGGUUCUAAGUGUGGAAGAGUUCAUUCCACCAAACUUCUGUUACAGUCGACAGCAACAAGGUGGCAGCACUGUGUUGACCCGGACGUUCGUGGCACGGAUUUUAGCGUGUGCUUUCCUGUGCGUGUUUCCCGAGAGGACAAAAGAUUACACCACGUAUUUGAACAGGAUCAACUUCACAGCAUUCUUCAGAAACCUGUAUUUGCCAGCUCAGAUUGCUAAGUUGAGAAUGAUCCUCAAUUAUUUUGAGAGAAUCACGCAGAAAGAUUCCGAGUUAACAGGCAACAUUGUUUACUGUCGACAGGUUAUUGAACCCAAGAGGUUGCCCACAUUGGAAGACUUACGUACGUCCACAGUUGCACUGUGCCCUGUUCCUGUUUAUCGUUAUGGCAACUUGGAAGAUAUCCGCUCUGAUGGAAUCCAGGUUGACUUUGCAAACCGCUAUAUUGGAGGAGGUGUUCUCGGGCGUGGUAAAGUUCAGGAGGAAAUCCGUUUUUGCGAGUGUCCCGAACUGAUAGCAUCGCUGCUGUUUAUGGAAUCAAUGGAAGAAAACGAGGCAAUCGUGAUGAGUGGAUUUGAACAGUUUUCUAGUCACUACGGUUACGCUGCUGAUCUAGAAUACGGAGGAGACUUUGUAGAUCCUGCAGAGAGAGAUUCUGAGAACAACCUGAAAACUAUUUUGUGUGCGAUCGACGCCAUCAAUUACAACGGUUGUAGUAAAUGGCAGUACGAGCUGCACAGCAUAUUGCGGGAAGUGAACAAAGCUUUGGUCGGAUUCUGUCUACCAACAGAGGACGUAUCACAGGCUGAGCCCGAAAACCUAUCCAUGGAUGAGGAUUUCCAGUCGGCCAUGGGCAGCUUUGAACAGGAAGAAAGUCCAGGAAAAAACCAAAAGCAAAUGUGCGACAUUGCCAUUUCACUGUUCGCGGAACCAGCAUCCAAAGUAAGUUCCUGCCUCGAGCAGACUAACCAUUCUGACCACCACUUAGAAAGACCUGCUUUAGCGACCAGCUCGGACAAACCAACGGACAUUGGCCCACCUCCGCCCGACCAGCCAGUCGUGUGCGUGUCAGCGUCCAGCUCCCCUGGCGAUACACCUCUGCUCGAUUCUGGCAGGAGUUUCGGUGAAAGACGGCAGCCGAUCUCUCCUGUCGCCGGUUCUCAGAACGCCAGCUCUGACCUCUUGGACGUCAACUACAGCCACAAGGUGUCGUGUGUCCGUCGCAGGAGUUCGAACCUGAGCGACAUCUCCGGGAGGAGCAGCACCAGCACCAAACGGAGUUCAUCCGACCUGAGUUCCGACCUCGAGGAGUUCUACGAGUCGUACCUGAAGAAUGAAAAACUGAAACAGCACCGGACGAUCCACGAGAACGGCUUUCAGCCGGUCAUAUGCAACUUCGCGAAGAACCUCGUCAGUCAUUUGAUGCAGGAGGGAAUCUCCGUGGCUGCCCAUCGGGAUCCCCAGAUGCUGACGUUUGACGUCGAGCCUCUGCCAGACAGCAUUGUUAAGCCCUAUCCGUGUAGACCCAGUCCCCAGAAAGUCACGUCGGGUGUUAAAUCGGAAUCGUCUAAUGCCACUGAAAUUUAUGCCAGUUAUUUGAUGCAGACUGUGAUGACUUCUGCUCUGAUGGAAGCAGCGUUGAUUUUCAAAUAUAUAUCUGCAUCCGUGGACAGUGCCAUUUCGGCUUCUCAUUUGAGUCUUCCAGAGGACGAGUCGUACCAUUUAUUCGCUGACCAGAUUGUGCAGGAUGUGUUGCUCACUGUUUCCAGUGACUACGCUGCUGGACUUUUAGGAAAUCUCUCGUCACAAAGUCUCUCUCACGACUUCGGCGCAAGCCAGACGCCGAGAGAGCUGUCUGCUAAUUUGACUGUGUCUGCCAGUUCUGCCUGUUCGUUCAGCAGUGAACCGGCCUCUCAAAGAGGAGACAAAAAGACAUUGUCGGAGUCCGAAAGUGAGAAAGCUUUGUCUAGCAUCGCAGCAGGCGAGACAUCGGGUUUUGUUCCGGUAUCCUCUUCCCCAGCAGCGGAUUCAGGUCAAGAAACGGGUGUACGUACCGAAACCCCAAGCUGUACCAUUCCUAAGAGCUCUGAGCAUGUUGUCGUGGACAGGAAUCAGAACGCUGGAAUUCAAGUCAGCUACCAGGAGGCAGCAGCCAUAAUUGUAGACCAGGUUUUUCAGUCUCUCUCCCAUCAUGCGGAGCACGGGAACCAGUCUAAGUUGUGCGGUAGCGUGAAGAGUUCGUGCAAAGGUAUGAGUGACGGUGUUUCUAGUGUCAGUGACUCUCUACCGCUGGGAACGGAAUGCCAGGAAGAAGUGGUCGAUUCCAAGUCAGUGAUAGAAUCAGCCAUUUUUUCCAGUUUUGGAAUCCCCACCAAACAUUUGUCGAGAGAAACUUUAACGAAUGCAUUCCUAAAUGUCGAAGGUCGACGCCAGAUCAAAUCGUAUGAACGCCGGAGCAGCGAGCCUUGUCACAUCAGUGUCAGUCUGUCGCUCAAGACGUACUGUGUUUCUAAGCCGUAUUCAAAAGACGACAGAAAGUUGAAAUCUCUGAGGACGGACGACGACUUUCUGCAGGUGCUCAACAAGGAAAGUGUUCGCCGUGGCUCAUGGAGCAGUUUCCCCACCAGCCGUCGCAGGAGCUCUUGUGGAUUCAGAGAUCCCGUUUUGUCGAGGUUUGCCGAGGAGCUGAUGAAAGCAGACACCUCUAUCCCACCCUUACUCAUCAUGUCUGCCCACACGGGGACCAGCACGACGGGGUCCCGGCGUAGCAGUGGCUUCCGCGACCUGACUCUGGCCAAUCUGGAAGGAGAGUUGCUGAACAGCAGUUUCUGCAGCCCACGACAGAGUCUCAGGUCGAAGAGCUGCUGUGGGGGACAUCACCACCAGCAUUACGACCGGCAUGUGCGAUCCGACAGCACGUGUUCCGAGACCGAGCACUGGUUCCCCCUGCCCAAGAAAGUCGGGCGCGAGUUCCAGGAGGAGUUCGACCGGCUUGGCCGCUACCACAGCGUGGACGAGAUCGAAGACCUGGCGGACACGUUUGCCAACAACAUCAUCCAGCAGGCAAUCGGCAUCAUCUACCGCGACGCGGGUCUCGACUUCAGCGCUUGUUGCCUUAAUCACCCGAAUCUUCUUUCAUACGCCGCCUCCCUUGCAUGGGACAUCACCAACUCGGCACUGCUCGCCGUACAGGACAUGACCGAGGAUGAGAUGGAACGGAUGAGACGACGCGAGUCUGCAGGUGGUUCUGAUGAUGGUCGUGGUGAUGAUGAUGAGUUUGUUGACACUCUCGACGUUCCGCUGCCGAGGGUUCAGUUACUUGCCGAGAACAUGGCAGAUGAGAUUUUGAAAAGUGUUCUCAAUGUCUGUGAUGACUCGUCUCCCCCCAAGAAACAUUUCCGCUGUCGAGGACUUCCUCUUGCGACUGGAAACUGGGGGUGUGGGGCAUUCUGUGGUGACCCCCAGCUCAAGUGCAUGUUGCAGUGGAUAGCAGCUAGCGAAGUCCAUAUUCCCAGCAUGCACUACUACACUUUUGAUGAUCCUAGACUUGAGCAGAUUGAAGAAGUGAUUGCUCUUAUUGAGUCUCUGCAAUGGACAGUCGGUGACCUUGUGACAGCGGUUGAGAAAUACUGUGUUCGGGAGCUUGACGAGUUCAAUUCUUCCGACAGUUUUCUGAGGGAUCAGACGCCAUCGUUCACAUUCUUCGAAUAUAUGUUAUUUGAUAUGUAUCGAUAGUGAUAUAUACAUAUAUGACAUAAUUAAUACUUGGCUCAGUUUCAACUUUAAAAAUAUAAUUAACUCUAAAACAACCCUUCCCCCCCAAAAAAAAGAAAAAAAGAAAGAAAAGAAAAGAUGAACCAGAGUAAAUAAGGUUUGUUGGUCGGAACUGUACUGCAGAUUGUACAUUUUUUGUAAAGAUUUUUUUUUUACAAAUUUAAGACAAAAACAACAACAUCAAAUUACAAACUGAUUUUGUGAACUGGUGGUGAAGAGAAUAGUACCUGCUGUUAGCAUUAACAAAUUUAAAUCGAUAGCUAUUCAUUGUUGCAUGUAUUUCAGUUCUUUCAUUUUUUGUAGAAAUGAAAUCAGAACUUUUUUGUUUUAUAGAAGCUUUCUUUACCCUACGUUAAAAUUAAUGAUGGACAGAUUAUAAACUAUCAUGACUAUCAAAAACUGUCCUUUUUUCUUUCUAAAAAACCCAAAACAAAAACAAAAAAACUGCAUGUUUCAUUAUAUCGCAUUUUGUUCAUAAAAAAGACUCAACCAAUACUAAUUUUAACCAUAUUAAAUUCAGAUUUGAAAUAUCUCUGGAUAAUUCCUGGAUUCCUGAUUUUAGGUUGGUGUCAAGAUUGACUGCUUGCUUGUGUUUAGUCUCUGUUUACCAGAGAAAUCAUGGUUUUCAUUUUCCUUACUAGACAGCACAUUUUAAAUAGGUCAUGCACUGGCGUAGGAAGCGUGUAGGAACUAUGGGGGGGGGGGUGUUCGUGGCAAGGGUGGCACAUGCCCCCCCCCCCCCCCCCCCCCCCACUUUUCAGAUAUUUUGCUUUAUAUUUGCUUUAUAAUAGUGUUGGAUUCUGACAUUAAAGGGUGGGCCUGGGACAUGAGCUGACUGGAAUAUUGCCAUUGAGUGAGAGAUAGCAUUGCUAAGGUGCAGUUUGCUGCUAAAUAACAAACAUCACUCCCCAAAUCCACCACAGUGAUAGUCAAAACUUAGCUUCUUUAUUAUGUUUUAUUUAUAUGUGGGUUUUUUUUAUAUAUUUCAAAUCUCUAAGAAUUUGUUGUUUGUUAUCAAUAUAUAUCAAAAACCCAACUCCAAGGACUGGGAAUUUUAUAGAAUGUAACUAUAAAAAUAGGUGUGUGUGUGUGUGUGGGGGGGGGGGGGAGGGGGGGGGUUGGGAGUCACCUAUGAUGAUGUUUUAUUUAAGCUAAUGGCAAGUAUCAAUUUUAUGAUGAGUCAGUUAGUAAAUUCACUAAACAUCCUAACAUUAUGUUUACACUUAGUAUUUGUAUGUUUAAAAGUAUUUGGUAUUUAUUCACACAGAAAAUUACAAAACUAUUUGUUAAAAAAAAGAAAGGUAUAUGUAUAACUGUAUUAUUUAAACUGUUUGUAAUUAUGACUGUUACAAUAGUUUUUCAGUUUCAAUUGCUAAUUUAUGUUUAUGUGCAAAACUAGGUUAAUUAAUUCACAAUUAAAAAAUUCUCCUUGUAAUUAUAGUGAGUUUGAAAUAUAUAUUAAAUAAUUUUCUUUCUUCUUUACCAUGAUCCAUAUUCCAUAAUUUUUAGCAAGAAAUAAAUAGCAAAUACCUGUAAACAUUAUGUUAAUGAUGUUUGUGAAUUUGGACCCUUUUGGGUAGCCAUCACUUUUAGAAAUAUGUGUCUUUGCAACAUGAAAAAAAUUCUAGUUCCAUAUAUCUUCCAUCAAACAUACAUUUGUAUACAUAUAUAAUAAAAAAUAAUAAUAAUAAAAAAUAAAUAUAUAUAUAUACAUAAAAUGUACGUCAGAAAACCUCAACAAAUGUUCAGCUAAGAAAAGAAAACCUAUGGGUCAGUUGAAAGGGUAAAGAAUGGCUCUGAUAAAAUUGUGAGUACUAUAACUGUAAAAUAUAUUGGUCUGAAAAAGUUCAAGUAUUUGUGAUGCAACAGUAAUAUGUUUUCUUAAGUGUUGGUACAAUAACUAAAAUAUUUGACUAAUGAAUUUCAAGCAUUUGUGAUACAACAGUAAUAUAUUAUUUAAUUUCU